CUUAUCAAAUGACUGAACUUAUUUUAACUUUCUAUUAAGUAGUCUCAGUAAAGAGUGUAUCUGAUACACAGUUGAGAAAAUUACAUAGCAUUAUUCACGUCAAUAGUUUCCUAAUCAUGCCGCGUUUGCCAUAUAACUUCCGGGGCUACAUUGCACCUGUCUUUACACCUGUUACUGCUGAAAAAAAUUUGAACCUUUCAAUAAUUUCGGAGUAUGCAAAAUAUUUAUCUAAAAAUGGAAUUCAAGGUGUUCUGGUCAAUGGUACAAGUGGAGAAGGUAUGUCAAUGUCAGUAGCAGAUCGUAAAAAAGUAGCUGAAGCAUGGGCAGGUGCUAUAAAAGAAACAAGACAGCAUUUAAUGAUCCAAGUUGGAGGUGCUUCUCUUCCUGACGUAAUUCAACUCGCAAAACAUGCCGAGAAAAUUAAAGCAGAUUCUAUUCUUUGUCUCCCGGAAUUGUACUUUAAACCGAACAAUUCAGCUCAGUUAAUUGAAUAUCUAAAGAUUGUCAGUGAAGCUGCUCCAAAAACUCCAUUAUUGUAUUAUCAUAUUCCAAUGUUUACUCAUGUCAACAUUCACAUGGGUGAGUUUCUCAACAAAAUUGGAGAUACAAUACCGACUUUUGUUGGAAUAAAAUUCACUAGUAAUAAUCUUGAAGAAGGAGCUCAAGCAGUUGAAGCGAAUUCCAAAAAAAAUAUUAUUUUCUUAGGAAAUGAUCAAUUGAUGUCAGCAGCAUUUGCUGUUGGAAUGGAUUCAUUUAUUGCCACAAGCGUUAAUAUUUUUCCAGAUAUAGCCAUCAAAAUUUUAGAGACAGCUAAAAAAGGGGAUUGCUUUAAAGCAAAUGAAAUACAGAAAAAACUGUCACAGGCUGUUAUUGCUAUAUCUAAAUAUGGUAAUUGGGUUGUUACCAUGAAAACUGCCAUGGCUUUAUUGAGUCCACUUGAUCCAGGUCCAGUCUGUGAACCUUUAAAACCUCUCUCUGAUGAAGACAUUCAAUCUAUGAAACGUGAUCUAGGCUCUUUAGGUUUUAUGCUAAAUGGUUGAUAUACAAUACUUAAUAUUAAACAGUAUCGUAGAAAAUAUAAUUUAGAAAGUAAAUAAACAUUAGUUUUGAUCAUCA